UAUCCAUUUCUUUUUUUAUUAUUUAAUCUUUUCAAUCAAUGAUUAACUAUAUAAACUUGAACUCACUUGUUUCUGUCUUAGAUUUUUACUUUAUUGUGAAUUCUUGAGACAGAAUUUGUUUGUUGCAUGGCAAGUGUACUAGGUUCUUAUUCAAACAUUGUCACAUCUUAUGGAUUCAAGAAUGAACCACAACUUUGUACUAAAUUCACUACUCUAUGCCUUUCUUGCAUUACCCAACAUGGAAACAAGGGUAGAAAACAUUUUCAGCUCAAAUCUUCAAAUGGGCAUCCCCUAAAUGCUGUUUCUUCUCAUGAUGGUUUGGCUGAAAGUUCAUUGGCCAAAGAAGAUGGCCAGCCUCAACAAGUUGAAGGAUUGUUUUCGUUGUCAGACUCUGAAUCCACAGGAUCCAACCUUAGUAUAACUGUUGUUGGAGCAUCUGGAGACCUUGCCAAAAAGAAGAUUUUUCCAGCACUUUUUGCUCUUUUCUAUGAAGAUUGGUUACCCGAGAAUUUUAUUGUGUUUGGAUAUGCUCGGACGAAAAUGACCGACGAAGAGUUAAGGAACAUGAUUAGCCAGACUUUAACAUGCAGAAUCGACCAGAGGGCAAAUUGUGCAGAUAAAAUGGAUCAUUUCUUGAAAAGAUGCUUUUACCAUUCUGGUUUGUACAACUCUGAGGAAGACUUUCUAGAUUUGGAUUCCAAGUUAAAAGAGAAAGAGGGUGGAAGACUUUCAAACAGGUUGUUUUAUUUGUCAAUACCUCCAAACAUAUUUGUGGAUGUGGUGAGAUGUGCUAGCCUCAAAGCUUCUUCAAAAAAUGGCUGGACAAGGGUAAUUGUCGAAAAGCCGUUUGGUCGUGAUUCUGAAUCCUCUAGUGAGCUAACAAGAAGUUUGAAGCAAUACCUCACUGAAGACCAAAUAUUCAGGAUUGACCAUUACUUGGGUAAGGAGCUUGUGGAGAAUCUCUCCGUGCUUCGUUUUUCAAAUCUUGUUUUUGAGCCUCUAUGGUCCCGGAAUUACAUUCGUAAUGUGCAGCUAAUAUUUUCAGAAGAUUUCGGAACAGAAGGAAGAGGAGGUUAUUUUGAUAACUACGGAAUCAUUCGUGAUAUAAUGCAAAAUCACCUUGUACAAAUACUAGCAUUGUUUGCAAUGGAGCCACCUGUCAGCUUGGAUGCUGAGGACAUCAGAAAUGAGAAGGUGAAGGUUCUGAGAUCAAUGAGACCAAUACAGCUUGAAGAUGUUGUAGUUGGUCAAUAUAAGGGACACAGCAAGGGUGGUAGAUCAUAUCCUGCGUAUAUUGAUGACUCAACUGUUCCAAAGGGUAGUCUUACUCCAACAUUUGCUGCAGCAGCUCUGUUUAUUGGCAAUGCCAGAUGGGACGGAGUUCCUUUUCUCAUGAAAGCUGGCAAGGCUCUUCAUACUAAACGUGCAGAAAUCAGAGUACAAUUCAGACACGUCCCUGGUAACUUGUACAAACGGAACUUUGGAACUGAUUUGGACAAAGCUACAAAUGAGCUUGUGCUUCGUGUACAACCUGAUGAAGCUAUAUAUUUGAAGAUCAACAACAAAGUUCCUGGUCUGGGAAUGAGAUUAGACAGAAGUGACCUCAAUUUGCUUUACAGAUCAAGGUAUGCAAGAGAAAUUCCAGAUGCAUAUGAGAGGUUACUCUUAGAUGCUAUUGAAGGCGAACGAAGACUGUUUAUCAGAAGUGAUGAACUUGAUGCAGCUUGGGCACUAUUCACUCCUUUGCUAAAAGAAAUUGAAAACAAGAAGAUUGCUCCAGAGCUUUAUCCUUAUGGUAGCAGAGGACCGGUUGGAGCACACUACCUUGCUGCAAGGCACAAUGUAAGAUGGGGAGAUCUUGGUGGCGAUGACUGAUAAAUAACCGAGCCGUCUUAUGAUUAUAAGCAUAUACAUUAUCAAUUUCAUAUUUAGUCUUAUAGGAUAGUUUUGUGUUUGUCUCACUAUUCAUUGUAAGAAGAAAAUUUCGUGUAGAAUAAUAGCAUGCAUUGUUAUGUUCUAUAUCUUGCACUUGUCGUGCUUUGAGGGCAUCUAGUUGAUUUAGAAUUUUAACAAAAUCAUCUAUACCUAUAUUUGAAGAGGAUACCAACUUUUUGUAUAUCAA